AAUGGGGCGAGAGGCGGAUUAGAGAUUAGAAAAACAAACUACGUGUCAGUGUGAUAGUGAUCCAAUUUACCCAAACUACAACACAACACUAUCAUAUUUGUAUCGUCUCAAAUUCUAAUCGUGGUUGAGAGAGAGAGAGAGAGAGAGAAGAGAGAUGGGAAGGAUCUUUGUUGUUGAUUUAGAAGGAAAAACCUACAAUUGCAAAUUCUGCAAAACCCAGCUAGCACAGCCUCAUCAACUUGUUUCCCGGUCAUUUCACUGCCAAAGGGGGAAGGCUUAUCUCUUUAAUACUGUAGUGAAUGUGACAUCUGGUCCUCCUGAGGAGAGGAUGAUGAUUUCUGGUAUGCACACGAUAUCAGAUGUAUUUUGCUGCUCUUGUGGGCACUUACUAGGCUGGAAAUAUUUGGUCGCACACGAGGAGAGCCAGAAAUAUAAACAAGGCAAAUUUGCUCUUGAGAGAGACGGAAUCAUAGAUGGAGAAGACGCUGAAUUCUACAUCGCCUUUCUAUGAGCAAAGACAAAGAAUGAGUUGGUUUUUGGUUUCGGUUUUGGUCUGUUUGUUUGCUUACUUGUAGAUGAUGAUAGUAAUAAACGUUUGCUUAAGUGUGCCUCUAGCUUGUUGAUGUCAAAAACUUCAGAACUAUUCCGACCUGUGACGACGAAGGGGAGAAUGAGGACAUCCUAUGCAUUCUCUCUGUCUCUA